AUGGGUAGAUCCAAUUUCUCCCAAAGUCGAUGGCGACAAGCUGCAUCUUACUUCGCAAUUGCAGCCUUCUCGACCUUUCUAAUCAAUUUAAUUUUCACUCUCUGGGCGAGCAUUCAGAAACGUGAUACCAUCAGUGACGGCGUCGGUAUUCUCCUUGAUACGAAUUGUUCAACCAUCAGAAUGCUGAAUACCGGGAUCCAUAUUUUGAUCAACGUUCUUGGCAUCAUUCUUCUUGCAGGUAGUAAUUACUGUAUGCAGUGCUUGGUGGCACCAACCCGACCAGAGAUCGACGAUGCACACGCAAGACAACGUUGGCUCGAUGUCGGGGUUGCUAGUGUUCGAAACUUUAGGAGCAUAACAUGGAAGAAGAAGAUUGUCUGGGUUUUACUUGCAGCUUCAUCCCUUCCAUUGCAUCUGGUGUACAACUCUAUCGUCUUCAGCUCGACCUCGGUGAACAACUACAGCGUCCUGAAUACGAAUGCGUACAUUUCAAAGAACAAAACCGAAAGCACAGUCAGCAGCGCUGAGUGGAAGAGCAUAUACGCAGGCUUUCUUGGCGACAACGUGGAGAGAAUGGAUGCGACACCUUGUAUGGACGCUUAUCGAGUCGCCUUCCAGUCCUCGCGAGGAAAUUUACUCAUUGUCUCUGAUGACAAGAAGGACGAAAAUCGCACGUCCGAGGUCUUUGAUAUUUCGGGAUACCCAUAUAUAUGGAUGUGCGGCCAAUCCAGCCAAAAGAUGGCCAGCAUACUCGCUGGCAACUCGACAUGCGAAGAUUAUCUACGCGAAUUGCGGGCCAAGUCGGAAGGCUGGAAGCCGCUAGGCUCAAGCGUCAAGGAAUGCUACAGCCAAAAGACUGAAGAGCAUUGCAAGCUCAUCUUCAGCAGCACCCUCUGCUGGACUGUGACGGCUUUCAACCUUGCCAAAGGCGUCUUGAUGCUCUUCGUCGCCUUCGGGAUGGGUGAGGAAGAUCCUCUGAUGACCAUCGGAGAUGCAGUGGCCUCUUUCCUCGAGAAUCAGGACGAGUCGACUGCAGAUAUGUGCCUCAAGUCGAAGGACCACUUUGUUGCUCAACAUUGGUCCAAAGGUCCGAUACAAUAUGAUCUCAAACAGCAACGGAAGUCUGUCGCGGUCACGCCUGGAGGGUGGUUUAUGUGUUUCUUGUUGUACUUUGGACUGAUUAUCGCCUGUGCAAGCUUGCUGGUUGGAGGCCUGAAUCACAUGUCUGGUGGCGGCGAUAUUAUCAAGCUUGGACUCGGCGCCAUGCAGACCAAUACCAUUCUGAACAAGGGCGACCUGGGCCAAGAAUCUAUACUUGCCAAUAUUCUGCUUGUCAAUACGCCUCAGAUUGUUCUUUCGCUCAUUUACUUCACUUACAAUGCCCAAUACACCAACAUAUCCCUGAUUACUGAAUGGGACAGGUUCGGCAACGAUAACGAGGCAAAGAGCCUUCGCGUCUCGUCGACACGCAAAGGGGACCAGCGAGAUACCUACUUCCUUCAACUGCCGUACCGCUACUCACUCCCUCUUGUAACAUUCUCAGGUGGACUUCACUGGCUCAUUUCUCAGAGCUUCUUUCUCGUCAACCUAGAGGUAUAUGUUCCUUCAGCUGAUGACAAGUCUAUGGUACGAUUAGUAGAGGGUAACUCCUUUGCCGGCGUGACAGCCUGCGGAUGGUCACCACUCGGGGUCUUGUGCGUUCUCGUGGUAAUCAUCGUCAUGAUGGGCUUUCUCAUCGUCGCGGAGAGACGUCGUUUGCGAUUCGGGGUCAUGCCAGUGGCGGGCAGCUGUAGCGCGGCCAUAUCUGCUGCUUGUCACCCUGACUCGGACGAGGGAAAUACGUGGGAGAAGACUCUGCAAUGGGGCGUGGUAGAUUCAUCUGCCGUCGGGCACUGUUCUUUUUCUUCUGGAUCAGUCUCGGCGCCAGUUCGUGGUCGUUUAUACUCGUGAGCAACGUUAUGUCCUUGGGAUGCGUGGGAUAGGGGGCAUGAAAGCUUUGAGGUCAAUGGCCUCAAAAACCGAAGAUGAUCUAACUAAAACAAUAUUGAAUGGGCCGCAAAACAAGAUCC